AUGGCGUCACAUGGGAGUUGGUGCAUUUACAAAAUCAUAUGCACUGCCAUAACUGUAGCUUUGUUUCGACUGUCGGUUGCAUCGGAUCUGAACCAUCAACGUCCUGCUGGGCUCGAUGCGUCUACUCAAGAUGCUGGCGCUUUGAAUGGCUACUUGAAACUUCCCCAUGGCAAGGAGGAAGGCGAAGCUCAUGGCGCGAUUGAGCCACCGAAAAGCUCGCGGCUUGUUUCCGUUCAAGUUGGUAGCGGACGCGAAGAGAUUCCAGCAUUUUACGCCAACGACUCGGCCGACCAUGGUGUACAGCAUGUGUAUAUCACGUUUCAUGGCAAGCACCGCGAUGGAGGCGCCUACUGGGCGAUGAUGAACGAGGCCAUCAGGAGACGGCGCGGCAAAAGGGGAUACGGAACAGACCGGAAUACCGUUGUAGUCGCUCCUCAGUUCCUGUCCACCAUAUACAACUCUGACCAGUAUACUGGCAACCAGCUUGCGUGGACCGACCUGAAUGCCUGGCAGGCCGGCAGCAGGGCAAACCACCCGCCGAGGACCAAGCUGACUCCCAUUGACGCCUUGGAGGCCAUCGUAGAGACGUUUGCUAACCAGACAAGAUAUCCCAGGAUGCAAAAUGUCACCGUCUUUGGCCACGGUGGUGGAGGCCAGCUCGCGCAGCGGUAUUCGGCUGUUGGCAAGGAAGCGCCGCCUCAUAUCCACGUCCGCUACAUUCAUGGCGAUGCGUCAACCAGUAUCUACUUCACCAAAGACAGGCCGGCAGAGCAGGGCAGCACUUCUGCGUGCAAGCGGUACAACACAUGGCGGUACGGCUUUGACGAGUUCCCAGGCACGUCGGCAGGCUCCAAGACAGCCAAGGAGUACUUCCGGCGGUAUAUCAGUCGCGACGUCGUCUCCAUUGUCGGAGUGAGGGAUGUGAAGAGCAACGGCGACCAGUCAUGCAUGGCCAAGCUGCAGGGCGGGAGGAAGCGACGGGGCCGCAAUCUGGCUUGGUACAAGUAUGUCCACGCCCUGGCACAGACGGGCGAGGACGUGGACGGGUUUCCCGGGCAGUUUGACAGUCUCCCCGACUGGAGUGCGGCUUCCAACCAUAGCAUCAGGCUGCGUCUGACGGCUGUGGAAGAUGUUUCGCAUGAUGCAACGGGCAUUCUCGAGAGCCGCGGCGGCCAGUCGGCGCUAUUCAGCGAUGGCCAUGUCGAGCUUGGCUGGCGGCCUGGGCAUCGUGGCUCGCUGUAG